CGAUAAAGAAGUUAAACAAUAUCAGUCUCAGCCUAAAUUUCUAGCAGUACGUUUAACAUUUCAAAUCGACAUAUACGUUUAUAUCGACGAAUAUUUCAUGGAAAUGGGCUUUGAAGGAGUUUUUCAUAAAUAUCAAUAUAAAUUUUGGUUGUUAUUAAUUUUGGGACAUGUUUUAUUUAUUACUCCAUCAUAUUCUAAUGAAAUUUGUGCGGCAAGUGGUGGUUUUGUGUGCCACGAAGAAAACCCUAGCCAAUUCUAUCGGUGCAUUGGAUAUAAGAGGAAAAUAUUAAUGUCUUGCAAUACAGGACUACAUUUUGACCCAGAAUUUAACGUCUGUAACUGGCCAAACUCUAAUGAUUGCAGUGCACAGAUAAAUCGAUCAAAAACCACCAAGUUAAAUGAUGUUGGAGCUGCUACAAAACCACCUACAAAGUCUGUAGUUACCACUCACGGUGUUCCUUUCAAACGAAGUUCAUUACUAAGUAAAAUUUUGCCAACCACUACUUCUAAACCAUCAACUCAUCCUCAAACUACAAAGAUAUUUGAACUCACAGGUCCCUGUCAACCAGAAUAUUGCAAGCUACCGAAAUGUAAAUGUCCUGGGCCGGAAAUUCCAGGCUCAUUGCCAAUAAAUGCAAUUCCGCAGAUAAUUCUAUUGACUUUUGACGACGGAAUUAAUGAGCACAAUAUCGGUUAUUACAGGGAUUUGUUUGGUUCUAACAUAACAAAUCCAAACGGCUGUCCUAUUCAAGCAACAUUUUUCGUUUCCGGCGAUUAUACUAUUUAUAAAGAUGUGAAAGAAUUAUAUGGCCAAGGACAUGAAAUAGCUUCUCAUAGCAAAUCGCAUAAAUUUCCACACGCCUAUUGGUUGAAUUCUGAUUACAAGACUUAUUCCGAUGAAAUAGUUGGCAUGAAAAACUGGCUUAGUGAAAAGGCCGAUAUUCCAGCAAAAGAUAUUCGUGGAAUGCGCUCACCGUUUCUUGCAAUGGGAAAAGAUGCCCAGUUCAAAAUGUUGAAAGAUAAUAGAUUUUACUACGAUAGUUCGAUGGUUACAGGUUCACUUUCUACUACUACAGAGAUACCGACAUGGCCCUUUACACUUGAUUACCCGGUUAACAAAAAAUAUUGCCUACUUAAAUACUGCCCAGAGAACUCAUAUCCAGGAUUAUGGGAAGUCCCACUUAUACGUUGGUACAAUGACAAAGGAAGUGCUUGUUCAAUGGCUGAUUCCUGUAUAAUUCCUCCAAACUCAUCGGCUGUCGUAAAUUUCUUGAAAGACAACUUUAAUCGCCAUUAUAAAAGAAAUAAGGCACCUUUCGGCAUAUUUUUGCAUGCACCUUGGCUUAAAAAUAACUUAAAACCAUUGAAGAAAUUUUUGGAAGAAGUUGCCCUCAAAAACGAUGUAUGGAUUGUGACUGUGUCUCAAGCUUUGCAAUGGAUUCAGAAUCCAGUUCCAUUGGACAAAAUUUCUAAAUUCAGAAAUUGGAAAUGUAAAUUAAAUAACUGAGGAGAAACAAACAAGAUGAUGGAUAUUUUAUGAUUCAAAAUUGAAGUAUUUAAAUAUAUACUUGUUCUCGGAAUUUUUACAUUUUUACCAUUUUUACAUUUUUACCAUUUCCAUUUUUGCAGUUUUAUCGCUUAAUUGAAUAAAUUGAGAUAUACUGAAAUAUA